UGCAGCAAAAGAGCCAGUGGAGGAUACAGAUCCUUUCCUUAACAAUGACUGAAAAAUAUCCUGUCCAAGACACAGGAGUACCUAAAGCUGAGGAAUACCUAACGGAUCAAGUUACGUUGGAAAUUGCAUCUGUGAACAUCAAGACCCUUACAUCAGAUUCUGGCUUAAUCCAACAGCCAGAAGACAAAGACACACAGAACCGUACUGACAAAUCACUUUCAGAUCUCAAGAAAACCUGCAAGGAAAACGGCACCUGCUCCUUGUGCUUAUUCCGUGCACCAACCAUCAGUGACAUGCUCAAUGAUGAGGACUUGUUGUACACAGUGAGGCUAAAGCUGGAUCCCUGCCACCCAACAGUGAAAAACUGGAGAAAUUUAGCAAGCAAGUGGGGGAUGACUUAUGAUGAAUUGUGUUUCCUUGAACAGAAGCCCCAAAGUCCCACCUUGGAGUUCUUGCUACGCAAUAGUGACAGGACUGUGGAGCAGCUGAUUGAUCUCUGUAAAUUUUAUAAGAGAAUUGAUGUUGUGAAAGUGCUGCUGAAAUGGGUGGAGGAGGAAUGGCCUAAGAGAGGGAACAAAACUUACCAGAAUGACUUCUAGGGCAAAGGAAGUUGUUAGUCCGUACGUGUUAAAUGCUGGGACUGGCUGCCACUAAUACGUGGGAAGUUUCCCUUGCAAGAGAGAGAGCCUGUACUGACGGUUUGUAUACUGUGUAAGCUUUAUGUACUGUAUACACAAACAUAUGUUCUGUGCCCUCAGAGUUGCAAAGAUAACCUUCCAAAAGUGGAUGGAAUAAUGCAAGUUGUGUUCUUGAUCCUACAAAUGCCUUCAGUUUCUUUGCUGCUGUUUGUAGGCUUCCUAAGCAGAAGAGGAAUGAAAAAGCCAGACCACUGAUUUUACCGCAGCAGUUGUGAACCAUGUCAGUUGUGUGCUGUUGCUAUUGGGAAAGCCACAAUUAGAAGGCAAGUCUCUUGGCCUCUAGGCCUUUCUGGCAGCCCUUCCACAAUUUUAUAUGUUCUACCUAGUAGAAGA